AUGGACUCCUUUGCUGGCGUGCGUGGUGACGCCGCGUCGCACAUCACCCGUAUUCUGCAGCUGCACGCGGAGCGAGUGCGUGCGCUGCGCGAGGAGGAGGCAGCCGUCACUGCCCGCGCAGUUCUGCUGGAGCAAUUGACCGAACGCCUGCUGAACGGUGAGUUCUCCGCCUCUGGACAUUUAUCAUCCACUCUUCGUGUGGCCGCGGGUGCGGCAAGUGACGAGGCGGACCGGACUGACAGGAGGCCCCUCACACCCUUACCGGUUUCACACGAGGACUACGACGCCGUGCCGCCGCCACAGCCACAGCCACAGCCACAGCCACAGCCACAGCCACAGCCACAGCCACAGCCACAGCCACAGCCACAGCCACAGCCACAGCCACAGCCACAGCCACAGCCACAGCCACAGCCACAGCCACAGCCACAGCCACAGCCACAGCAACAGCAACAGCAACAGCAACAGCAACAGCAACAGCAACAGUGUGCGCCUGCGUCUCUCGUGGAGCCGUUCAACCUCGUCUCUGGUGAGGCUGGCACUUGGAAUGAGGGAAAAUGUGCCACACCGUCCCCAGUGCGACGCGAGUUGGAUGAGUUCUUCCCCAUCGUACCGGCUAAGCGACCGCGUCAGCGAAGCUUGCCGCAAGACGCGCGGCGCUGCAGGGCGCGUGGCGAUGCCGACGCCGAGAGUAUCACACGCACUGUCACCGCCACUGACAUCUUGGCGGCUAUACCGUGCAUUUCCUCAACAGCUGUGCCGCCUGCCACGCUGGCCAGUGGGCAGGAGGCCUCUGAAGGUGAGUUGCGCAGUCACGUUCGUAGCUGCCGCCGACGGCAGAAGGAUUACGCCGCAGAUGAGGAGAUGUACGUGAAAAAGGAAAGUAAUGCGGUCGAUGCAUGCACGCCGUCGGCAUUCUGGGAGAUUGCAUUUCCACAUGAACGCUGA